AGGUUAAAGUGCUUUGAUGUGGCGUGCACUAACUCACAGGCUUCUUUCGAGCAGAAUCGGCUCAUCUCGACGUCUCGUCUUGGGCUGGUCACAUCUCCUUGAUGACUGCACGUGUUUCUCUCGUCAUCGUGCUAUGCCGCUCGCAUUCCAGAUCAUUGCCCGUUCCUUUUUUUCUUCCCAUGUGCAUCUUUCAUAUUCGAGAUGCGGCGGCUCGACACGCCGUGUAGAUGUAACUCACGCGAAGACGUCUUUUACGCAAGGCGAGAAGACCGCGCCAGAAGCCUAGUAGCAGUACAGAAGGCAAGGAAGAAACUAUUUCCAUUUUCCCCAUUCCAAUACCAUCCUCAUGUCCACAUUUUCCACGGUCCUCUGGCCAACCCAUUCCUCUCGUGCUGUUUGGGACAAUGCCCAACACAAGUUUCUCUCCCACGCGGCUUGGCACAUUCCACGUCUGCUGAGCCUCCAAACCCCCUCCUUCGUAGCAGCCUGGAUAGAGGACCGCGCCUCCUUUCUCACGACGAAAUUGUUUCUGUAUCUGGUUGUGUUGAAAUCGCUCCUGUCGCGUCAGUAUUUGCAUCCGGUCGCGCGCUUUCCUUUCCAGAAGGGCUCCCGUCCGUGCUCAACUUUUCCUCCCCCAGCAUCGCCAUCCACAACAUGGACACUGCAUAGCCCGGCAUUGUAUGCAUCCAACACUUGUUAGCUUUUUGGACCGCGAGCAGACUCAAUUGCAAUUGUAAAAGCACAGCCAAGCCGCCCCUCCUUUACCGGCACGGCCAACAACCUGCAGUCACCGCUUUGGGCCCAUGCCCUCCGUGACAACAGCAGCUUAACAACACAUCCAGCGGUCUAGCCA